AUGGCCUUGCACCUGCAGUUAUCAAAAACACUCACAGCUUUGGACUGGGAAUGGGUCGACGCUGCUACGGUAUCUCAACAGACGUCAGCACAGAAAAGAACUACAGAGAAGCAGAAAGGAAAGUUCGGCCGCCUUUCGCAACAACAACAUGGUGCGGACCACAGAUCUUCAGAACGCACCGUCAUCAACUUGACGGUGGCCCGCAUCGUGGAGAGCCGUGCGGCGGGCUUCCCAGUGGGGCGGUAUGUGGUCGGCUACUGGGGGUGGCGCGACAGCACCGUGGCCGACGUGGGGCCCGACGCUCCCUACUUCAUGUCUCCGGCCAUGCUGGUGCCAGACCUGGGGGAGCUGCCCCUCUCCCUCUCUCUGGGGGUGCUGGGCAUGCCCGGAAUCACGGCCUACUUUGGACUGCUGGAGGUCUGCAAGCCUAAGGAGGGAGAGGUCGCCGUAGUCAGUGGGGCAGCAGGUGCUGUGGGGUCCAUAGUCGGGCAGAUAGCGCGCCUCAAGGGGUGCAAAGUAAUUGGCUUCCCGGGAUCAGACGCUAAGGUGGCCCGCAUCGUGGAGAGCCGUGCUGCGGGCUCCCCAGUGGGGCGGUACGUGGUCGGCUACUGGGGGUGGCGCGACCGCACCGUGGCCGACGUGGGGCCGGACGCGCCCUACUUCAUGUCUCCGGCCAUGCUGGUGCCAGACCUGGGGGAGCUGCCCCUCUCCCUCUCUCUGGGGGUGCUGGGCAUGCCUGGAAUCACGGCCUACUUUGGACUGCUUGAGGUCUGCAAGCCAAAGAAGGGAGAGGUCGCCGUAGUCAGUGGGGCAGCAGGUGCUGUGGGGUCCAUAGUCGGGCAGAUAGCGCGCCUCAAGGGGUGCAAAGUAAUUGGCUUCGCGGGAUCAAACGCUAAGGUGAAGUGGCUGAAAGAGGAGUUGGGAUUCCAUCACGCAUUUAACUACAAGACGAAUGACGUCACAGAGGCGCUGAAGCAGGCGGCACCUGACGGCGUCGACGUGUACUUCGACAACGUGGGCGGCGAGCUGAGCAGCGCAGUCAUCAACAGCAUGCGAGAGUGGGGCCGCAUCUCGGUGUGCGGCUCGAUAUCUGGAUACAACGAAUCUAACCUCCCGAAGGAUACCAUCAUCCAGCCCGCAGCCAUAUUCAAGCAGCUCCGCAUGGAGGGGUUCCUGUAUUCACGGUGGCACAACCGCUGGGAAGAGGGCAUUACCCAGCUGACGCAGUGGGUCCGAGAGGGAAAAAUCAAAUACCGUGAGACUGUAACAGAAGGGUUUCAAGACACCCCCAAAGCCUUCGCCGGUAUGCUGCAGGGUGACAGCUUGGGGAAGGCUGUUGUUAAAGUGUGA